AUGUGUGAGCACCACUUGGUGCCCUUUUACGGAAAAGUCUCUAUAGGUACCUGUCCCUGCAAGAAAAUUCUGGGACUUAGCAAAUUGGCACGGAUCGUUGAGAUCUUCUCGAGGCGGCUGCAGGUGCAGGAGAGGCUCACCAAGCAGAUCGCGCUGGCCGUCACGCAGGCGGUGCAGCCUGCAGGAGUGGCGGUCGUAGUCGAAGGAGUGCACAUGUGCAUGGUGAUGAGAGGAGUUCAGAAAAUCAACAGCAAAACAGUAACAUCAACAAUGUUGGGAGUCUUCAGAGACGAUCCAAAGACCCGAGAGGAAUUUUUGAAUCUCGUACAUUCCAAGUAAUUAUAGUUUCACUAAAAAAUCAGAGCAUGAGACAGAAUGAAAUUUAUAGUAUUCGAUGCAAACUUGUGUUCUAAACGAAUGAAUUUUGCAGUUAAAUGUAAGUAAGCGGUUCAAGUCUUUGGAAGAU